AUGGUUCUGGGCAAUUUCCAAGGCUCUUAUGAAAAUGGAGUCGCUACGGCAGUUACACAGCCCAGGAUGGCCAGAACCACUGUGGUCCGCAAGAAAUUUGCGAAACCCCCGGUUAAGGUAGCCUGUUUGUCUUGUCAAGAACACGCUGUGACGGGCAAGAUCCAUGUUCCAACUAAGCGAGGUGGUCCCAGAAAAAAGAAAAAGCCGUCCCUUCCGGCAGAAGAUAUAUCCCAACAUAAUGAUGUUUCGGCUUCGACCAUUCCACCGGCCGCUUCUGGCUUUGAUGAUUCGUCGGUGAUGUUCGGUCAAAUCGAUGUACUUUCAAUACCCGGCGCCGGCCUGAGGAGCUUAGAUUUUACGUCAGAUGUCAAUUCAAUGUUUGCUGAUCUCUUUGCUCCUAAUGAUGACUGUCAUCCUCACCCCCAAAUGGAGCCUACUCCCUCGCCAUCCAACAUAUCGUCUCCUUCCUUGGUCAGGGCAUACACUAGUGAAAAUGAUAUGCCACGGUCUCCCCUAAGUCUUGCUCUGUCUGCGAUACUGGCUCUAAUACCGCAUCCAAAUGACUUGGAACCGUCUUCUCCAGUUUCUGUCAUCCGCCGCCGGGCGUAUGCCCACACAUUUGCUCAAAUGGCCAAUGCCAGCAUUGAGGCCGAUUGUGAGCUCCAUGCCUCAUCUACAGAUCCUGCUCAGGCACUAUCGAGUGACCGUCCCGCUAUUGACCGAGAGAUGUUUCAUCCCCGGACUCCCGUGGAGCUUGAAAGUAUUUUAGCCUUGCUGGUUCUCUCCAUAUACGAAUACACUCAGCGAGGUAACCUCCUCAAAAUGAGAUACCGUGCCGGUCAAGCGCUGGCUAUAGCAUUGGACAUGUCACUUCACGCCCUGGGAGAAGAGUACGAUGAAUUUGCAGAAGCACGAAGAAGAGCAUGGUGGAUGACGUACUACUGCGUUUUACAAGGAUCAAUUGUCAGCACGACGCCACUCUCAAUUCUUGCGAAUGACCCGCAAUUUGUGACUCCUUAUCCGCGAUUUGCUGCAGACCCAGAUGGCUGGUCCGUUUUGAUGCAAGCCCAACAAGUAUUGGUUUCGGCGACCCAGUAUAUCAUCGAUCUGAACAAAUGCAUUGCGACAAGGACCAAUAUGCAUUACAUCUAUGAGAGAAUGCGACAGCUUGAUGCCUGGGCUAGUUCUGCGCUGGCGCAGUCAAAUUUGCUCCCAAUUGUUCCCCAGUCUGUAAACGGAGGUAGCGACAUUGAGUAUACAACAGCUCAAAGUAUACGUGCAAUUUCGCGUAUUAAGUUAUCCAGUGCGCAAAUCAAGGUCCAUCGGUUUAGGGCAUUCUCGGACAUCCCCAUUUUCAUUAAAAAGCACUGCGAUCUCACUGCAGCCAACGCCGGUAAUUCAAAUUCAGGGAAUGCAGCGAAACAGGCAAAGGCUCAAAAUGGAAUAUCCAACAUCCAGUGUUCAUGUGGUGGAUUGGAGCCGUUUCAACAAGCCUCGUCGAGCGAGUUUACACCAUCGUCCGCCUCCUCCACGUCAUCUGAUUAUAACUCGAUGUCGCAAUACUCGUUCACUAAUGGCUUCCCAUUUAGUGUUCAAAACUCGGCAAAGGUGUGCCUUAGGGCAGCCCUGUUAAUCUCGCACAUGUUCCAAAGCUUGCCCUUUCCACAACCGCUGUGCGACGGGAGUAAGAGCCAGCAGGGCAUGCAAUUAUUACCACCGAAUCAGCUACCGCGAACUAUGCCGUCGUUUGCAUGCUGCUUGAUGCAAGGAAGCUAUGCUAUGCUGAUGAUAUUUUACAAAGCGCGAGUAGAAAGGCAAAUGUCGCCGGAUUAUGGGAACAAGAGCCCAGACAAUCCUUCGGAUCGACUCAUCGAAGAAAUAAAACAAGGGCUAGAGCGUAUUAUUGCGACUGUGUCCAAUUAUUCAAUUGCCUUCGAGGCGUUGGAUGGCAUGAGAGAUGAAAUUGAAGGUGCAUAUCAAACGGCGUUUCCGGAAGCUUAG